GACAAAGACAAAUGCUUCAUCAUAUAAUACUGACUUGAACGUUCUUCUUGUAGAACUCGUGUCUUCGCGUAAAAGUGUCGAAUCUAGUUUGGCCAAAUUAUAUCGGUUAAGUUUCGAACUUUUCAGAGAGGAUCGCAUAAAAGAUGAAAUUCACACUUGUACUACUGUUUAGUCUCGUGUACUCUGGACUCGUUUCAGGAAUAGAAUAUUAUUCAGAUACGUAUGAUAAUAUAGAUGUGGAUGCGAUUAUUAAUAGCGAUCGUCUUUUAAAUCAAUAUGUGAAUUGCAUUCUCGACAAAGGUCCCUGUACCGCCGAUGGACGCAGUAUUAAACAUAUUCUUCCGGAGGCGAUAGCUACAAAAUGCGAAAGAUGCAACGACAAGCAGAAACAGGUGGCAAGAAAAGUAAGCAAUCAUUUGAAAAAACAUAGACCAAACACUUGGACAGAAUUUCUCGAAAUUUAUGAUCCUGACAAAAAGUAUAUUGCAUCUUACGAACAAUUUUUGACGCAGGCUUAAAAGAAGGCUUAAUCUUUACGUUGUUAACUUUUUCAAUAUAUGGUAGUGUAUACAUUAUGUAUAUGUAGCGUGUAAAUAAUUUUCUAUUACAUAUUAAAUCUAUAAAUAGAUUUAUAUUAUGUGUCGUACAUACAAAUAAAACGCAUCUGGUAAAUAUAGAAAUAUAAUGUAAUUUCUAUAAAAUUUUUAUUAAAAUUAUGAAGUACUAAAAAGAAAGAAUUUUUACGAUAUUUCAAAUAGUUUACCAAAAACACACGUUAUAUUGCAAAAGAUUUAAAAUAGGAAUUGGGUUUAAUCCGAACAUCUUUGCAAUGUACCUAACAUUACUCACACGUACGUUUAAUUUGUAUUUCUUUGAGGUUUGUUUUAUACAACUUAGAAUUUAUGUGAAAUUACAAUAGAGUUAUAGAAAAAUGAAAUAAAAUAUUAUUAAUUAAA